UUGCGCAGGUGUAUGACACCCUCGUCUCGUCUCGUUGGUGAUAAGGCGGCAAUCCAUCUCGUCACGGUGCAGCAAUCAGCCAGCCAUGCCGCCGGCGGUGGCGGCGUCGCUCUCGACUCCGGCCGCCCGGUGGAGGGGAAGGAGGGUGAACACCAUCGCGGUGGCGUCCCUGCGGCGGGCGGCGUCGGGAGGGGGCUCGAGCUGGCGGAGCGAGAGGCGGCUCAUGUCGGAGCUGGAGCGCACCGUGACGCCCGGCGCGGCGGAGCGCGUCAUCCGCAGCUACGUCGGCUCCAAGUCCGAGCGCGCCGCCCUCGCCGCUCUCUCCCGCCUGCUCAUGGACUCCGACCCCCUCGCCGUCCCGUUCUACGAGGCGGUGACCCAGGCGCGGUGGUUCAAAUGGAGCUCCAUCCAUGCCGCCGCCGUGGCCGCGCUGCUGGAGAGCAAUGGCAGCGCGGAGGAAUCAAGAGCCCUCGUCUCCGACUCCAUCUCCCGCCUCGACUCCACCUCCGAGGUGGCCCUCUUCUACUGCGACCUCAUGGCCGCCUUCUCCUCCCGCGGGCUGAGAGACCGGGCAAUGGAUUUCUACUCGCAGCUGCGGGCCACGCCGCUGUCCGGCGGGGCCAGGACCUACACGGCCAUGAUCAAGUCUCUGUGUCUGAUGGGCCUCGCCGGCGAGGCGGAGGCGGCGCUCGGGGAGAUGGUCUCUCAGGGCUACCAGCCGGAGGCCUUCCAGUUUGGAUUGGUGGCGAAAUGCUACGGCAAAGCAGGCUCCUUGGCUGAGAUGGAGAGGGUGAUCGCGUCCAUGUCCGACGCCGGCAUCCGCCUCGGCACCGGCGCGGCGAACAUCGUGCUCUCGUGCUACACCUCCUGCCGUGAUCAUUCCAGGAUGCUGGCGUGGCUGAAGAAGAUGCGAAGAUUGCGGAUUGCGCCGACGACGAAAGCCUACAACUUUGUGCUCAACUCAUGCCCGACAGUAGCUGCGAUGGCUCAAGAGCUGGGUCCCCUGCUGCCACUGUCAACAGCCGAGUUGGUCAAGAAGCUCAGGUCUGCACCUCCAUGGCCAGCAGAAGCUGAGCUGGUGCAGGAGCUUCUGACCUCCUCUUCGGUGCUGGACAAGGCGAUGAACUGGUCGGAAUCGGAGGUGAAGCUCAACCUGCACGGAUUCAGCACAAUUGCAGCUUAUGUUCUGAUGCUUCAGUGGGUGGACGCGAUGAAGGCUCGCAGUGCACUGCCAUUGGAGGUGUCUGUGGUGUGUGGCAUUGGCAAGCACAGCGACACCCGAGGUGAGCCCAAAGUGAGGGAGCUGGCACAGGAGGUUCUGGGCAGGAUGGGGAGCCCCUUGAGGCUGUCCAUGAGGAACAAAGGGCGGCUUGUCGCCAAGCGUGACAGGGUGAAGCAAUGGCUGGCCACUGACUGGAGCUCGGCAGAGGCCGAGGAGAGAACAGAUCAAUCACCUGAUGGGGGCAAACAGCAGCCAUUUGUACUUACACUUGUGAGAAAACUAGGACAGGUUCUGUCACCAUUCCUGCAUUUCUCAAAGGGUGAAAAGCAUAGUGGCACACCUCCCUUUAUGUAGGUUUUCAGAUAAAUGGCAACAUGUCCUUCGUAGUUUGGUCUUUUGGAUAGUUCAGCAUCAUGCUGGAGAUUGAUACAGGCAUAUGAUAUCUUGGUCUAAUCCUAGUUCAACUUUCUCAUGCCG